AUGCAGCUUAUUGUGCGCUCAUUUGAUACUCGUGUUGUUGACACAUCCGUCUGCCACUCUGCAGCUGAUUUGAAAUGCUUUUUGGCUUCCGAGGAUGGUCUUCCUCUUGAGGAUAUUCAACUAUUUAAUGGAUCAUCAGUACUUGCCAAUGACACCCUUCUUUGUGAUCUUUCAGCUGAUAGCGCUAUAGACGUCAUUGUUCCAGUGUUGGGUGGUAAGGUGCAUGGUUCAUUGGCUCGAGCCGGUAAAGUCCGUGGUCAAACUCCAAAGGUGGAGAAACAGGACAAAAAGAAGAAGCCAAGAGGACGAGCAAAGAGACGCAUGCAAUAUAAUCGUCGUUUCUUCGCCAUGGUGCCUACUAUUGGGGCUCGCCGACGUGGACCCAAUUCAAAUUUCAAACCCACCUAA